UGUUACAAAUCAUGAGUUGCUUUUCUUUACAGUGUCGUCCCCACCUGAAGGUGUCACGUUCUAUUCAUGUAACACCCUUAUACCAACGAAUGAAGACAGCUAUGACUACGAACCCAAUAUCUCACUUCAUCGACUUCGUAGUGAAUUGUCAAAUCACCAGAUGGAUGAGCUUAUCGUACUGACGCCGGACAACGUAAAAGAAAUGGAAUUUCAUAGCCUUAAGUCUCCAGAAAGGGACCAACUCAUACGAAACCUAAUGGAAAAAGUCCCUGAAUCAGUUCAAAACAGCAGCCGGCUUUUGGAAAAGCAUCCGGAGCAAGAAACUCGAGCAACGUUGACGAAAAGACUCACGUUUGCCAUUAGGAAAUUAUCAGAAGAUUCAGUUGAUAAAGAAUUGCUUGACUUAGSAAMAGUUUCAGCUCAUAUCGACUUGGAGAAGCUAUGCUGGCCAAUACGCAAAAAGGAAAGAUUUAAWGAUGCUGGUAUAGUGAGAGAAAACGGCAAGGAUUUCUACGCUCAAAUUAUUCUUGACGCUCUUCAAACUGAGAUUGACGGACAUGCAGAAUAUACCAAGGAAUAUGAUUGCUGUGAACACGUACAGUUCUUGCAGUCAAAUGAAUUCACUACAGAUAGGGAUGAGGAAAGUCUGGUUUGCAGCUCCGUCGUUUCCAUUAAAUAACCCCAUUACGUAUUAUCCAUUUUUAAAUGGAAAAUUAGAGAGAAAACAAGUUCCACAGCACUGUAAAAUCUAGUAUAGGGUACAAAAGGACACUACAGCUUUCGACGAAAAUAUACGAACAAUUAGCUGCGAUAUUAACCCCACCCUUGUUUCAAGUUGGUUCUCAUCUUGUCGGCCUUGCUUCUUUGUAAGAAUCCCAACUUUGAAACAGGGGAGUGCAUGGGGUGUUCACAGACAUUUUGCCGAGAGCUGUAGUUUUCCCAAUAUAGUCUAAUAUUGUUUACGAUAGUGUUCUCAAAAAUAGUUUAACCAAUCUUUAUAAGCACCCAAGAACAAAUUAUAUAUUGAAGCGUUUGGUGUAACAAUAAACACCAUUCCACUUUGCCCGUACUUUAUUUUAUAUUCACCCUCUAUGUUCAUGGAACAAGAAGGUGAAUGUAGCAUUUUAUGGACAACAAAUAAUUGCAAUUCUAGUUUCUAGAAAAUAAACUGGUUUAAUGCUCAAGGUUUUAGCCUGUUCUUUGAAGAGUCAAUGAGUGACGUUUUCUGAUAAAACUCAUUAACCGGAUAGCUUGAAUGUCAUAAUAUUUUAGUUCUAAGUGCAAAAUCAAUCAUUACUUACGGAUCUUUUUGUAAUCUAUGCAUCAAUAUCUAUAUAUCAAAUAAAAUGAUGUAUGUAUACCACAAGGUACCAGGCAUGUAUCAGCCCUUAUCUCCCUUAGUACUUUGGUCCUUCUUUUCCCAGGCAAUGCCUGCAAAAAAAGAGUACGCAUUCACAUUAAAUUAUAUUCUACAGGU